AUGGAGCAAGCAAAUGUCGAAAGUGAAAUACGGGGACGUCAUUUUCAACUUCCAUUCGAAUUCAAUGAUAAGGACAGACUUGGACCGUGGGAAAUUCUGCUCAGCGAAAGCACGAUCAAUGACUUACGGGAAAUUCUGUAUAAUGAAGACUUCAAAGAUAUGCAAUUAGAAUUACCUCUCACCAUUGAAAUGGUCAUGAAAAAACUUAGGCAGUUAUCAUCCGGGGCGUGGAAAAAGUAUGGUCUCCAACAUGAAGCGUCAUCUUACGAUGUUCCCGUUUACAAAGUGGAGUUCCCUGAUAACAAUCUGAAAAUCCUCUGGCAAGUUGACUAUGGGUUCUCUAUCCAUAAAUAUUUGUAUAUGCAACAUGUAAAGGUUUGGACUAUCACUUCAAGUCAAGAAAAAUUUGAUACAACAUUAAAAGCCCUUAAAAGAGUUCAUAAGAUCUACACUUCCGAAUAUAUUCGUCGGUGCUCAAUCCUAAGGAUGAGCAAAGACCAUGUCGUUUUACCGGAUUAUUUUAAAGAUAAGGGAACGAGGUUCACCAACAACGAGUUGGAUAAUGAUAGACUAUUAGAAGUCCAUAAAAUGUUUGUUACAAAUAAAUUUAUACCUAUAUCUAAGGAUUUGUUCAGGUCGCUCAUCCAGAGUGGCUCUGACUUCGCUUUUCUAGUGUCCAAGACCGAGUACGAGAUAAUUAGCGAUCCUACGUCGGCCAUCGUUUAUGGUCGAUCGGGGACCGGCAAGACUACAUGCAUCGUAUUCAGACAGCUCGUCUCUUAUCUGAAAAGUCAACUUUACAAAACGCCGUCUUCGCGUGGCAAUGAUGAGUACUUGUACAAAAGGCAAAUAUUUAUUACGUUGAAUCCCAUUCUAUGCUUGCGAGUAAAGAAAUACUUCAGCCAGUUGCAAAAAUCGGCGGAACUUGGCGGAGAGAAACUAACGAAGGCUCGGUUUCUUAAGUGGAAGAAGGAUAACGACAGUAAUAAGGAACUUGAUGAUGAUAACAUGCACGAGGAGGACGAUGAGAAGAAAAUUCUGGGUGAAAUUCCGAACUCGUUCCGUCUGCUGACGGAUCAUCAUUUCCCAUUAUUCGUUACUUUCAACAAGUUUUCAGAAAUGCUUCAGGGAACCUACGGUAUUGACACUCGAAUGUUGACCACCAAACAAGUUCAAAGGCACGAUGCUGAUAAUGAUAACGCAUACGAUGAGGGGGAAUUCCGUUUCAGGACUCCCUUUGCAAGCAUGUCAAACGCUUCGUGGGCUCACUUUGUUGACUACAAUCUUUUCGAAAAGAAAUAUUGGCCUCAUUUCAGUGAUUAUUAUAGAAAAAAGCUGGAUUGCGAACUGGUCUACUCUGAGUUUUCAAUUAUCAAGGGCACGAAUAUUGAGGUAGACUAUCUAUCAAGGGAAGAAUACCGGUCUAUGAGUACCAGGAAACACCCAGCAUUCUGUCACAAUCGUGAUGAGGUUUAUGAUUUAUUUGAGCGAUAUGAGAUGAUGAAGUCGCGGAAUUAUGACUUUGAUUCGGUGGAUCGAACUCUGGCUAUAUUACGUGCAACCAAAACAAGAACAUUUGGUGGACCUCACAUUCAUGAAGUGUACAUUGAUGAAUGUCAGGAUAACCAGAUCAUAGAUUACGAGCUUAUCUUGAAACUUUUUGACCGCGCUGACAGCAUUUUUAUGGCAGGAGAUGUAGCGCAAUGUAUUGCUCGAGGGUCCACUUUCCGAUUCCGAGACUUAUACGCAUUAAUUUACCAAUGGAAUCUCAAACGAGACCUGACCGAAAACAUUCAUUACAAUCCCAUAAAACCAAAAGAGUUUGAACUAAACACUAACUACCGCUCCCACAGAGGGAUUCUUGAACUUGCUUCGUCAGUAAUACACCUCCUCUGGAAAUUCUUUCCUGAUUCUAUUGACAAGUUUUCACCUGAACUCAGUGAGGUUGGUGGUCCACAGCCUCUCAUCAUCGAGGAUUGUCAAGCUGGAAACCUUUUUGCCUAUAGAAAUGAUGUCGAAAAUGAAGAUGCAAAUAUUGAAUUUGGGGCUAGCCAGGUCAUUAUCGUACGUAAUGAAACGGCUAAACAGCGUGUGAAAGAUAUAAACAGCAACAUAGGAUUGGUUUUAACUGUGUUCGAGGCCAAAGGCAUGGAGUUUAAUGAUGUGCUAUUGUAUAAUUUCUUUACUGAUUCGACUGCACUUUUAAAGUGGCGAGUAAUUCUCUCUGAUUUGGAUGAUCAUUCUGAGGGGAAUCGGGAAUUCUCUCCCGAGAAGCAUUAUAUCCUUUCCUCGGAACUCAAACAUCUCUAUGUUGCAAUAACCAGAGCCAGAGAACAUCUCUGGAUUUUUGAUGAGGAUGCUAAGUUGAGUGAGUCAAUUCGGACAUACUGGGAACACAAAAAGCUAGUUAAAAUAACGAAUGAAAUAGACAUCUUCACCUUGACUAAGAAAAGCAGUCCGUCCGAGUGGAAUUUUGAGGGUAAGGCGUUCUUUGAGCAACAGAAGUAUGAACAGGCCAUUUUCUGCUUCAAAAGGAGUCGAAAUGAGAAAGCCGAAAAUUUAGCUCGUGCGUAUCAUCUUCAACAGAUUGCCAGGACUUCUUUCGUAAGUGGUUUUGAUGAAAAAACAGUGAGGUCCAAUUUUAAAUCUGCUGCUGAAGCCUUUGAAGAAUGUUCUCGAUUGCCACAGGCGGCUUCAUGUUAUGAGAACAUAGGAAUGUAUAGAAAAGCCGGUGAUUUCUAUUCUGAAUCACAAAUGUUUGAGCCUGCCGCGCGUUGUUAUCUUGAGGUCAAGAUGUGGAACGUAGCAGGUGGGUAUUUUGAAAAGGCGAAACUGUACGAUGACGCGGCUCUUGCCUAUAAAGAUGGCAAUCUUAAUGAUAUGAUAACUGAUUUGAUUCGGAGGCACAGACAAGACAUCAACGUUGAAACGAUCAAUCAACUCAAUCUCCACUUUCGUCAAGAAGCAGGUAACCUUCAAUCUCACAAUAAGCUCGAAGAGGCUGCCGAUAUGCUUAACCGUUCGGUUGAUGAUAACGAUAUAGUUGAUGGGUCUAAGCACUUAUUACGCUUAUGCAGAGAUAUUGUGCUGAAAGCGCUUAUUAUAGGUUUCGCAAGCUCAAGCAUGCAGGAAUUACGUAGGCUCCAUUCCAAAGCGUCUAAGACUAUCUCAAAAGUUAAAACUCAUGAACGAUAUAAUAGUCUUGAUGAUGAGUCUCAAUCAUAUAUUUCUUAUUUUAAUAAGGAUCUCGAUAUUUAUGAUAUGGUAACUGAAUUAAUUAAAAGGCAAGAUAUCAACGGUGAAACGAUCAGACAACUCAAUAUUCACUUUCGCCAAGAAGCAGAUAAUCUUCUUUCGCAAAAUAAGUUCGAAGAGGCUGCCGAUAUGCUUAUCCGUUCGGUAGAUAUUGACGAGAAUACAAUUAAUGCAUCUCAGUAUCUAUUGUGCCUAUGCAGAGCUAUUGUACUGAAAGAGACGAUUACAGGUUUCACAAGCUCAAGUUACCUACAGGAAUUACGUAGGCUCCAAUCCAAAGCGGCCAAAGCGAUCUCCAAAGUUAAAAUUCAAACUAAGAGAUCAAAGAGUCUGAUGGAAGAGUCUCAGUUAUAUAUUUCUUAUAUAAAUAAGGAUCUUAAUAAAAUAUAUGAGUGCGGACAAUUUUUCAUGAAAAAUGAAGAGCUUGUCACUGAGUUUUUUGCAGUAAUCAUGUGGCUGCAGUUCCCUUCACCAUCUGAUAUUAAUAUCAAGUAUUGGGAUGAGCGAUUACAAUGCCUGCUGAGACUGUGCAAGUUGGCAUUUCCUUAUUUAGCACCACAAAAAAAAGACAAAAUUGCAAAAAUCUCGAAAGUAUUCGAAGAUAUUUUUUUCUGCUUUGAAAGCAAAAUAAAUAAUCCUCGGAGACGGAAAAUUUCUUUUUACAACCCUCUUUAUUACCUAAUGGAUAUCAAACAUAAAAAUAAUGAAGCAAAUACGAACAGUUGGAAGGUUUAUGACUUGGAUGUUGUGCAUCAGAAAAUUUCGCAGUUCCUUAUCUCAUAUAUCUACGACCUAAUUUCGAAAGUCAGUCAAGAUGGUAGAGAUAAUCUGGAUAUAGCCUCAAUAGUCUGCUAUGAUUUUGCAUCAUCGGGUAAUUGUCAUUCUUCAAAUUGCCAAAUGCAUCACGUAACUCCAACACCAUUACUUCUGUUCCAGCGCCUGAAACUUGCAAAACUCCAAUACACAGUGGUGAGACAAUUGGAUGUAUUAUACCGCCAAGGACUACUUAAAGAGAAAAGUCGAGAGUUCCUUGCAUCACAAAAUUGGUGA